CGCGAGUUGGGCGAAAGAGGAGGAGCGAGGUGACGCAGGCGUAAUAAUAGAGAAGGUGCCAGAAAGAUCCAAAACAAGUGGCUGCGGCCGUCGCCCAGAAGUCAUCGGACGCUGGAAUCUGGCCCUGGUUCUGAGCUUGUUCCGCACCCCUCCCCUGGGAAUGGCGUUGUCCGGGUCGACCCCGGCCCCGAGCUGGGAGGAGGAUGAGUGUUUGGAUUACUACGGCAUGCUGUCGCUUCACCGUAUGUUCGAGGUAGUGGGCGGGCAGCUGACCGAGUGCGAACUGGAGCUCCUGGCCUUCCUGCUGGAUGAGGCCCCCGGCGCCCCCGGCGGCCUGGCCCGCGCCCGCAGCGGCCUGGAGCUGCUUCUGGAGCUGGAACGCCGCGGGCAGUGCGACGAGAGCAACCUGCGGCUGCUGAGCCAACUCCUGCGCGUGCUAGCCCGUCACGACCUACUGCCACAUCUGGCUCGCAAGCGGCGCCGGCCAGUGUCCCCUGAGCGAUACAGCUAUGGCAAUUCCAGCUCGUCUUCCAAGAGGACAGAGGACAGUGGCCGGUGUCGGCGACAGGCGAGCAGUUCCUCCGAUUCUCCUCAGAGUCAGUGGGACACAGGCUCCCCAUCAACCAAGCGGCAGCGUCGGAGUCGGGGCCGCCCUAGCAGUGGUGCCAGGCAGCGGCGGAGAGCGGGCCUGGCAGCCUCGCAGCAGCAGCAACAGCAGCAACAGGAGCCGGGCAGGUCGUCCUCAGAAGGCAAGGUGACCUGUGACAUCCGGCUCCGGGUUCGGGCAGAGUACUGCGAGCAUGGGCCAGCCUUGGAGCAGGGCGUGGCAUCCCGGAGACCUCAGGCAUUGGCCCGGCAGCUGGAUGUGUUUGGACAGGCCACUGCUGUGCUGCGGUCAAGAGACCUGGGCUCUGUGGUGUGUGACAUCAAAUUCUCAGAGCUCUCCUAUCUGGACGCCUUCUGGGGUGACUAUCUGAGCGGUGCCCUGCUGCAGGCCCUUCGGGGCGUGUUCCUGACUGAGGCCUUGCGGGAGGCUGUAGGCCGAGAGGCUGUCCGCUUGCUGGUCAGUGUGGACGAGGCUGACUAUGAGGCUGGCCGGCGCCGCCUGUUGCUGAUGGAGGAGGAGGAGGGGCGGCGUGGGACAGAGGCUUCUUGAUCCUGGAUCUGGCAGGACUGACCCCACCUCCAAGUCUCCAGGCCACCCGAAAGGCGACCAUCUUGCCCCCAGAUGACUGUGAUUCAGCCGCACAAGGACUGCAUCAGGACUGCGUCAGGACUGCAGGUUCCAUGAUAGCCUCUCCUAUGAUGUGGGCUUUGAGGCAUAAACCACUUCUAGCUGCUUCCAUCCCAAAUUCCCCACUCCCAGGUGGAUUCCCUCAGCCUUGGGGGCCCAGGGUCACAGAGCCCUGAAGUAGGGAGGCAUAGCCCCCUGCACAUCAUGUCUCUCACCCUGGGCUGAUGCUGUCCGGCCCCACACACUUUAGCCUAAGGCUACUCUCUCAGGAUCUCAGAUUUACUGUUCCCACGUGGUUUCAGCCACAGCAGUGGGCUCUGGAGCAGGGGUGCCCAUGGGGCUUGCACACCUUGCCCAUUCCUCACCAACCAGGGCUCUGCCUGAGGCACACACAGAUAUCCAACUCUCGUCACCUUCCCUGCUCCCUGGAACUAGACAGACUUGCCUUUGGGCCCUUUAACAGAGACUAUCCCAUGUGGGCUUUGAGGCCACAUCAGGUCAAAGGCAGUUGCUUCGUACAGAGCUAGGACCAGACCCAGCCACCUCGUGAAGGGAGGCGAGGACUCGGGCUGAUGGGAAGAUGUUUCACAAACUGUGCCAAUAAACCUGCCCUGGAAAGGGCACAGGUGGGC